AUGUUGAUUGAGACACAACCGCAACAGUCGACAACACCCCCGACACCACAACUGGUUAUAAAUCAUAAUCAGUCGAUGAUAUCGCCCUCAACACCGCAUAAUAUCUAUAAUAUCCCCGAAAGAGUAAAACAAAGAGUCGGGAAGUAUAGACAACAUCACCAAUUGAGUUACCAGAAGAAUGAAGUGACAGUUGAGGCACAGAAUAUGAAGAUGAGAGAAGAAACGGCACGACUUCAGCAACAGUUUCACAAUAAUAAUACAAAUAACUCUAACAACAAAUCUAAACAACAAAAGUCACUCAACUCUGCUGCCACUCAAAGGACGGCCAACAAGAGAUCAAACGCAUCGACAAACAGUUGUGACAACAAAUGUGAAUCAAAUGACAUUAAACCAACAAAAAUGGCAAAAGUGACGAAUAAUCGAUUAACAAACAGCUCGACAAAGAACUUACAAUUAUCUUCGAGUAAUCAAUCUUUUGGUAAUAAUUCAAAAUUUAACACAAAAACCAAUCAAAUGGAUAUUAAGGUAAAACCAUUAAUUACUUCUACAUGUGUACCGACCAAUAGUUGUCAUAUAAUUGUUGCAAACAAUUCAAUUCCCGAAAUUAAGCGCGAAAUUGAAGACAAUGGUUACUUUCAAAGUGUAACGGUUGAUGCAAUUGAUAAGCUAUUGUACAAUACAUCCAAUUCAUCCAAUGGUUCAAAUAAUAACAAUGCAAUCAAUAAUAUGGAUGUCUUGGGAACCGAAGUUAUGAAAGACUUGUUUAAUGAUCCGAGUCUUACUGAUGAUGUUGGAGAUGAAGACUUCAUCGCUAAAUUUCUUGAAGAUCUCAAUGACCCGACAUUUAGUGAUCAAAUGUCAUCCGAUUUUUGCCAAUCGCUAAAUACAGCGCAGUCUAUGUCUAUAAAGCCAAUACAACACCAAUUGGUGAACCAUUCAAAUGUUAUUAAUGUCACAAAUAAUAGCAUUAAUAAUAUUGGUAUCAAUGGUAAUGCAAAUAUAAUAACCGGCAAUACAAUCAUAAAUUCAAACCAAAUUAAUUUUAAUGCAAAUAAUACUAAUAUGCAAUCCAAUGCAUACCAUCCAAUACAACCAAGACUUCAGCCAAAUAUGGUGUCAAACAUUGCCAAUCGGUCUUCUCUUCAAAUAAAUAAUGUAAAUAAUACUAAUUUUACUCCAAUUUCUAUCAGUAAUAAUAAUACUGUUCGCAACAACUAUGCAAAUGUGAAUACUCGCCAUCAAAUACCACCACAACAGCAACAACAGCUUCUUCUACAACAAAUACCACAACAACAACCAUUAAACAAUAUUCAGGUUCAACAACAACCACCACAAGGUGUUCGUAUGAAUGUACCGACCGGUUCAGUGCCCAGAAUGGCUUUCACAAUGGUUCCCAAGACUGAAAACAAUAUGUCUGUUCGGCUGUCUAUUCAAGUGCCACAACAACAUAACACGACAGCGACUACCGGUGCAAAUGCCAUACCAUCACAAAUAACACAAACAAGUACUCAGGCAUCACAGGCUGCUGCCAACGCUUCCAUUAAAUUAAAACAAAUGGCACAACAGGCACAACAAAUGACUCAACAAAAAACACAACAAUGGGUUAUCAAUCACUCAAACCAACAAUUGUCUCAAAUUACCCAAAAUGCACCACAAGUGCAACAACAACAACAAACACCACCACCAGCACAACAUUUAUUGGUUCAACAAUCACAAAGAUUGUUAGUACAAACACCACAACAGAGACAACCGCAACAAAUGGUGGUUACAACUGACACACAAAACAUAACACAAAUGCAAAGCCAAUCACAAAACUACUUCAAUCAACAAAUAUAUUGGUUUUAA